GUGGCCAUCUUCUAAUCCUGCCCGGACGCCCACGUCGCUUUCGCCGCAGCUAAACUUCGCUAGAGCUGUGUUUAGCACUCCACUAACGUCAAGCUGUCAUGCCUCGCGCUCCAGAUGUCAUAGUCAUUGCAAGGCACGGCGCGCGACUCGACGCUGCAGAUAAGACAUGGCAUCUCUCCUCACCCGCGCCCUACGAUCCUCCUUUGACAUACGGCGGAUGGACACAGUCGAGAGCGUUAGGAACCAGGAUCGCUACUAUUCUCGACGCACGAGAGCAGGAACAACAACAAUCCGAGAGUGCCGUGGUUGAAAGUGCCGACGGAGCAGACCUGAAGGAGGCGCUGGGUGCGUCCGCUUCUCCGUCCGAUCAUCGAACAGCUGCGAGCAAAGGAAAGAAGCGAAGAAUAAUCGUUCACACAUCGCCAUUUCUCCGAUGCGUGCAGACAUCUCUGGGCAUCAGCGCGGGGCUUGCGCAGUAUAACGGCAGACAGAACAAGUUACGGCUCAGCACUACACCCAACAGUAGACCUUCGACGCCUGUGCCUGGGGAAGAGUUGCAACCAGAACCCGUGCUUGCACAGAAGACUCAGACCGCACAGCGAUUGUUUGCUAGUAUACCAAACCCGAAGCUCAGGAUUGACGCGUUCCUCGGGGAAUGGCUGUCUCCGGAGUACUACGACCUUAUAACCCCGCCGCCAGACUCGAAGAUGAUGGUUGCAGGAGCAAAAGCCGAUCUAUUGCGACGCGGCGAGUACGUCGAAGUCAGUCAGGCAGCCAGCCUCAACAUGGGUCAUUUCCCUGGUGGAUGGGGUAGCUCUAAUGGUGACACGAGAUCGAGAGCCAGCGAUCGCGAUCCUCUGUCUCGUCUUGGCAGCCUUGCUCAGGUGCUUCCAAUUCGCGACCGAUCUAGCAGUCAAGGUGCCAUUCAUACUCUGGCGCAUCGUUCAAAUAAUACACCCACGUCACCGAACACCCCUGAGCUUGGAACUUAUGUUGCUCCUGUACCCACAUAUGCUGUUUCCCCAACAGAGCCGAUCCCUCGAGGAUACGUGGCGCAUGCUAGAGACGCGACUGCAGACAUAGACUUUCAGUGGGAUAGCAUGCGCAAGCCCUUGAAUUGGCCUGAUGGUGGAGUGUACGGCGAGGAGUGGAGUGCCAUGCACAAGAGAUAUCGCAAGGGUUUCAAUGAUAUUAUUGGCUGGUAUACGGAGCAUGGUCCAUCUGUGCAGCCACAAGACGACGAUCCAAGUAACCACGAUGGGGACGAAGAAACAGAACUUGUUCUUGUUUUAGUGACUCAUGCUGCUGGUUGCAACGCGUUGAUUGGGGCUCUCACGAACCAGCCUGUGCUGCUUGAUGUUGGUAUGGGAUCUCUCACGAUGGCCGUCCGUCGUGAUGUUGCGGACCCACUUAGGUGCAGCUCAUCAGCCAGCCCCAAACAUUCACCCCAGUCUUCGAUUAUGGAUACGGAAAACAUAGCCGAUGAGUACGAGAUGCGGCUUGUGGCAUCUACGGAGCAUCUACGACCAGGUAUCGAUCCAUCGAAGCUUGACCACGUCCCUUCUCCAAAGAUUGUGCCCAGAGCUCUGGGAGGCGAGCGUAUGCAUCGAUUGAGUACCGGGAACAGCGGUGCUGUCAGUCCCAUCGAGCUUCCAUUGCAUCUGAACGGAAUUCGUCCGUCUGCAAUGUCUGCUGCGCUAGGAAGUGUUCGAAGAUCGCAGUCAAGCCGGUCACACUCCAAUUCACCGCACCGACAAGCAUACACGACUUCGUUGAAUACAAGCUAUGCCGCACAGACCGCCUCGCCCAGCAGUGCCGUCACCUCGACAGGUCUUUGGAGCUCUCCAAUAUCAGCGAAACCUCCCAAUUCAGCGUUGGGCAGCCGAUCACUGAGCGACAAUUCGGUGCCGCCUUUGUCAGCUCCGAAGCUUUCUAAGACGCAGCUCGCAAAUCCUGAUGUCAUUGAAACGGCGGCACCAACAUCGCAGUCUACUGGGAUCAAAUCGCAAGACGCAGAUCAGCAUGAUGAGGACGAUAUCGUGGAUGAGCUACGGCCCCCUCCAGGACCCCGGAAAAGCAGCGGACACGGCAUGUGGGGCGCAUCUGGCAAGAUUGGCAGUGGUGGUAGUGAAGGUGGGCUUUGGAGUGGGUCAGACAAGACGACGCGCGAAAGAGGGCCGAAAAGGAGGUGGACUGUCAACGAACAGGACAAUUGAUGUAUCUUGGCGAUGAAAUCCACGCCGUGG